AUAGCAGUCAUCUGUGUAGGCAAAGAGACAGGAGAAUCUCCCAAAAGUCACAGCCAGAUCCCCAAAGGGGAACAAAGACCCUGUCUCGAGAUGAGAAGCAAGGAAAACAGGGAUACACACACACUUCCGGUAAAGACGGAAAUAGGCCAACAUGUUUGUUCAUAAAGUGACUAUUGGUCCGCCCGAUAUAGAACGUUUUCCCACAGGACGGCAGAAAUCAUACAAAAAUGGGUGUGAGUUGAGAUAAAUGUAGUGGAACCGUGUUCUGGUUUUGAGAGAAGGCGAUAAAUGUGCUUCCUGGCUUAAUUUCGUUUACAAUGUGAUCCUUGAGGAAAGGGGGAGAUAGGAAGAGGAGGAAAGGACUGUUAAGAAGUGAGGUGUUAACGAGCCACGGCUGACGCCAAACAGCACGAGGAAUGGAGGAAGAGCUAACGUGACAGCUGCGGGGCUGCCGGGGCAGGGACCGGGCCGAGCGGCUGCGCGUCCCGGUUGCCCCGGCGACGCCUCGCUCGGGCUCUCGGGAGUUCUGGGGCAGCCGCGGGGCCGAGGCUCCCCGAGGCUCCCCGCCGCGUCACCUCCGCCUGGUGCUGUGUGGUGUGCGGCUCUGCGCUCCAGCUGCCUUCAGUGGCUUUAACAAAAAUGGAAAAGUAUGAAAAACUAGCUAAGAUUGGAGAAGGCUCCUACGGGGUCGUAUUCAAGUGCAGGAACAGAUCUUCUGGACAAGUAGUAGCUAUCAAAAAAUUCGUGGAAUCCGAAGAUGACCCAGUGGUUAAGAAAAUUGCCCUGCGAGAAAUACGCAUGCUGAAGUUGAAACACCCAAACCUUGUGAGCCUGGUGGAGGUGUUCAGAAGGAAGAGAAAGAUGCACUUGGUUUUCGAGUACUGUGAGCACACACUGCUGAAGGAGCUGGAGAGAAACCCGACCGGAGUUCCUGAUGGAGUUGUCAAAAGCGUGCUGUGGCAAACCCUCCAGGCGCUGAACUUCUGCCACAAACACAACUGCAUUCAUCGGGAUGUAAAACCUGAAAACAUCCUAAUAACCAAGCAAGGAAUGAUAAAGAUUUGUGACUUUGGAUUCGCACGAAUUCUUAUCCCGGGAGAUGCCUACACAGACUACGUCGCCACCAGGUGGUACCGAGCCCCCGAGCUUCUCGUGGGAGACACGAAUUACGGUUCCUCCGUGGACGUGUGGGCUGUCGGCUGCGUUUUUGCUGAGCUCCUGACGGGUCAGCCGCUCUGGCCAGGAAAAUCAGAUAUGGACCAACUUUAUCUGAUCAUCAGGACGCUGGGAAAGCUCAUCCCAAGGCAUCAGUCUAUCUUUAAAAGUAACCAGUUUUUCCGCGGCAUCAGCAUACCUGAACCAGAAGACAUGGAGACUCUUGAAGAAAAGUUCUCAAACGCUCAGCCUGUGGCUUUAAGUUUCAUGAAGGGGUGUCUGAAGAUGAACCCAGAUGACAGGCUGACCUGUGCCCAGCUGCUGGACAGUGCUUACUUCGAUUCUUUCCGAGAGGAUCAAACGAAAAGAAAAGCCCGCAGUGAGGGAAGGAGCCGACGGCGGCAGCAGAAUCAACUGUUGCCUCUUAUACCCGGAAGCCGCCUCUCCCCCACACCUGAUGGAAGAAAACAAGGCCUCCAGUUAAAAUUUGAUCAUCUUCCAAACAUUUAGGGAACCUGUUCCUCCCAGGGCAUUCAUUUAAUAUGUAUAUAUUUUGUAUAAGAUAGGAAUCCUCAGUAUCUCACAUCAAAUGAAUGAGAUGAGUAGGCAGGUGCCCCAGAACUGCUUUGCUUUGAUCAUCACUGAUUCCCUUCCCUGGGCUUUUUCACACCAACUUUGUCUCCUAGAACACUCUCCUUAAAUGUUGUGAGGCCCAAAUGGCACGUCCAGAGGAGAUGCUUUCACCGGAGCUGUACCUCCUCAGGCAAUUAGCCCUGUGAACCUGUGGGUUUGUGCCUCGACGUGGGGGAAGAUUUCUGCGUAUCGUCUCCCUCCAGCGGACUGUGUAACUUCCUGAAGCAGGAUCGGAUCUGCUGGCUGCUCUCGAGUGGAUGGCAUGGAGCCUCUGCACUGGCUCCCUUCUCAGACUUGCCUGGCCUUGCCUCAUCCUGCAUUUCCACUGCUACAGCAUGGUGACUGUGAAAGGGGGUCCAGGAUUACCUCUCCACUCCAGGACAGACUCUACUCUGUUUCGCAUGAGGCGCUGAUGAUUCUGAUCUGAAAGCAAGCUAAAGAAGAUGCCACACGUGAGCAGAGAAACUACAAGGAAUCGCCUACCACGUGACAGCAAUGUCCCUGAGUCACUGGCUGCCCUCUCAAAGGCUGUCCCUGGGGCACCAUGCUUUCUUUUCCUUUUUCCUUCUUUUUCAUCUUUUUUAAUCUAUUUGUGAGUAUGAGAAAGAGGAGGCAGGCAAAGAGAGGCCUCAUAUGUGAAAGUCAAAGGACAAGUUGGAGGCCAGCCUGACCUACAUGGCAAGACCUCGUCUCAACACUCUCCAAAAAGUCCAUCGAAUCCAAGACCCUGCUGCUGAGUGUAUAAAAUACAAAUAAUUCCUGCAUGUAUAGAACGCCACUGUUGCCAUUAGUUGAAAUAUCGGAAGCUACAGCCGGAAGUGGAAAUGUCUUUGUAUCUUUUACAAGAUACAAAUGCUUGUAUCUGAGCAUUUCAUUUCAGACCUAAUUACAGUUAGAUUAAAACGUCAAACGAUGACUGUGGAUUACUCUACAUUUUAAAAUGAUACCUGUUUCAGUUACAGUAAACCUUGUGAGAGACUGGGGCUGUAACCAAAUCAGUGGAACUCUUGCCUAGUAGGCAGGAAGCCCUGGGUGUCAUCUCUAGCAUGGAUCAAAACCACCGUAGUCACACCUGCCUGGAAAUAAAGAUUCAGAGUCACUGUCCUUGGCCACAUGUAGACUUCAAGGCUAAAAUUUUCCAGGCAUGUUUGUGUCAAGGGGCAGGACAGGAGAUUCCAAGUUCAAGGCCAGCUAAGGCUGCAUGCUGAGGCUCUCCAACAACACAAAAGCAAACUAAUGAGUAGUUAACAGUGGUCACUGACCAUCUCUCUAAAUGUCAUGCUGAAAACAUGUGUUUUCUGGUUUUUACUGGUUAUUUUAGAAUGUGUUGGAAUAGAAGUCAGUCUAUUUCAGAUCACUUAAAAGUUGUAGCUAUUGUAAUUAGCAUUUAAUCAUUAGCAUAAUGGUAAUCUAAACCAUUAAAGUUUACUACAAAGCAGUUUGGAUUGAAUUAUGUUAAAUGUAUUAAUAUUAAAUAAAUAUAUUUAAAAAAAUUUAACUUAAGAUGUUUAGGAAAGCUACAUAAGGAUUAAACACUUUAGUGACUGUAUAUUUGUGUAUAUAACUUGACUCUUCUAUAAUUUAU